AAAUUACCGCCAGGUUGUGCUGGUCAUCGCAGAGGAUGGAGUUUACUCGUUGGAUUAAUAAUUCGGAACGAUUUGAUGUCCAUUUGUUAUUAGGUAUGGUGACAUCUUGAAUUGCUAUAAUAAAAAACAUCCAUGUUAUGAAUACAGCAUAUUAUGAUUCGAAUAUAUCCACCAAAUUUAAACUGAUGUUAGUAAAUAAAGUUGACCUUCGACGUUAAGCCUUCUUCGAGGACGAUGUCAAAACAAAGUGAAUCUCUUCCAAAAAAACCUCUUACUCAUACUCUUAGUCAACCCAUUGAAACUGUGAACUAUACGGUUUCAUCUUCUGACACGUUGCUUGGAAUUGCAGCAAGAUUUGAUACUACACCUUCAGAAUUAACAAAAUUAAACAAAUUGACUUGUGGAUUGAUUUUUCCUGGACAGAAAAUUUUAGUACCAAAAAAAGCUGAUGUACUUGAAAAUAAAUCAGAUCAAGCAUCACUGCCAAAAGUACAAGAAAAGGGUGAAAAUAAAAUAAAAUCUCCUGUAUCCUGUGAAACAACUUUAGUUGUAACUGAAAAUGAUAAGCGAUCAAAUAGUCAUAUAGAAUCAGGGAAAAAUGAAUCUGUUCCAAGAUUCCUUAAAAUAUCAUCAAGAUACAUAACAGAUGGCCAAGGAGUUGUAUGUGGUGUUCUAAUAGUGACUCCUAAUGCCAUUAUGUUUGAUCCUAAUGUAUCUGAUCCUUUAGUAAUGGAACAUAGUGUUGAGAAUUAUGGAGUAAUUGCCUCUUUAGAUAUGGUAAUGAGAGCUGCCAUUUAUUAUGAUAUUGCUCACAUGGCUGUGUCUCACUUAAACGAAGUGCCAAGAAAUAUUCCUAAGCCUGAAAUGUAUGUAAAACCAAAACCUACUCCUUCUCAGAAAGAUGAAGGUUAUUCUGGUGCUAAUAACUCUAAUUCUCAAGUAUCCUUAAAUUUGAAAGAAAGUGCAAGAAUAUCUGAUGAAUCUGAUGAAAACAAAGCAGAUAAUGAAAAUUUAGCCAGGAUACGUAAAAUUAAAAGUUCAGAUAACGUUAAAGAGCAAGUGUGUUCUGUUGUAGAAAAAAUGCCUGAUAGUAAAAAAAAAUCUGACCAAGAUAAAAAUAGUCUGUUAAAAGUACAUCGGGCUAAUUCUUGCUGUGAACCUUUAGAAAGGUUGCAAACAGAGACCAUUAAAGAACAAAUAUCGAAACAAUUUUCUUUCCCAUUGCAAUCUCAUGUACAACAAUCAAAGUUAACUUCAGAAAGAACAAAUUAUGACUAUAACAAAGAAAGUAAAAUUAAAGAUUUAAAUCAUAUAGAUGCAAAUAAAAGUCAGUCUUAUACUUUAAGUCAUGAAGAAAAUUCUGACCUUCGGAAAUUAAAGUCUUCGAUAUUAUCUUCAUUUAACUGCAUGAAUUUGGAUGAUACGAUGAAAUCUCAUCUAUUUGAAUCGUUGGACGAAAUCAUUCCUCUAGUAAGACCAGCAACAAGUGGUUUUCCACCUCUAUAUCUCUGCUUGAGAAUGGGUCAUCCCGUUAAUAAAAAAGUUGCAAAAUCUAGCCCUUUUUUAAAUUAUCAUAAAAAACGACUGAAAAGAGAGUAUUGGUUUAGUAUUUCUCGAGAUAAAGUUGAUGAAGUUUAUGAUUUCUUUCAAUAUUGGGCACCUCAUUUGUAUGGAGAUAUAACUGAUAUUGAUCCAGAAAAAUUGGGAUUUAUACCUAUUAAUGAAGAGGAGGAAGAUGAUGAUAUUGAAUUAUUGGAUGAAGAAAUUACUCAGGAAUCUGGAAAAAGUUUUGAAGGUGCAAUGAAAUUAAUUAGAUCAAGUCCUCUUAGUAUUUUGAAAGUUGUUGAAGAUCAUUUUGGGGGAAAUAAUAUUACAAAAGAAGAUUGGGAGUUUUUGUCAAUGAAUGAAUCUAAUACAUCUCCAAGUGCAGAAAGUGCUGAGAUUUCAUUACCAGACUUAUCUGAACAGUCUGAUAUUUUAAAUGACAAAGAAAAAAGAGAACUUUGCAAGCAUUUACCAGCAAGAGCACUUGGUUAUUGUUGGACUCUGAUUUAUAGUACAUCAAAGCAUGGUUUCAGUCUAAAAACAUUAUACAGAAAAAUGUCUAAUGUUGAAUCACCUGUCUUAUUGACAAUUUCAGAUACAAAUGGUGCUGUAUUUGGAGCCAUGUCUUCAUGUCCUCUUAAGAUCAGUGAGCAUUUUUAUGGUACUGGGGAAUCCUUUCUGUACAGUUUCUACAAUGGAUUUAAGCAUUAUCCAUGGUCUGGUGAAAAUAUGUACUUCAUUAAAGGAAAUAUUGAAAGUCUUGCCUUUGGAGCUGGAGAAGGUCAUUUUGGUCUCUGGCUGGAUGGUGAUUUGUACCAUGGUCGUAGUAGCAAAUGCAAGACUUACAACAAUGAUUGCCUUUCAUCCCAAGAAGAUUUUGUUAUAAAAGCAUUGGAAGCCUGGGGAUUUGUUUGAAUACUCAUUCUUGUUAACCUAUUGUUGAUCAAACCACAAUGGUUUUAAGAUGUGCAUUUUAUCAAUACAAUGGAUUUUGUACAAAUGAUGUAAUUACUUGUUGAAAAAGCCAAAGUAUUCUGAGAAAUAUCUGCUUUGUUAAACUCUUGCAUAUGAGAUGUAAUUUACGAUAGAUUUAAGAGAAUAUACUAUAUAAAUAUAUAUAUAUUAUAUACAUAUUCAUCUAGAUGAUGAUAGGCUUUUUGAAAAGCCUUGCUGUUUUGUACAGUCCUGAAUGUGUUCAUUGUUACUGUGUGCACAUGAACCAUCAUACAUUAGAAGAAUGAAAUGUUUUCUUAGAUUAAAAUAUGUAGCAUUAUACUAGAACUUAUAUCAUAUUAGUUCUUAGUGCUAUAUAUUUAGUAAAAAACUGCUCCAAUAAUACUAUAUAUCUAUAUAAAUGGGAUGGUUAUGUAGAAUUUUUACACUUAGGCAAACAUACAGAUAUCAGUUGAUGUGAGAAAUGUUUUAGUUUGAAAAGAAUUAGUCAAAACUUGAUGUCAAUGUAGAGUGAUAGAUCAACUCAAAAUAUGUGUAAUGUGUAGAACUAGUUCAUUUUGAAACUGUCAAGAAACAGUUAAGUCUUUCAAUUUUAUUUUUAUUGAAUUAACUCAAGUAUUUUUCAUCUAUAUAAAAAGUGUAAUGUCUAAAUUUUUGUUCUAUGCAAAUUCUUUUGUUUUUAAAAGUAUAUUGUCACAAUAACUCAAAGUAGGCAUGCAGUUGUUUUUUUGCUUUGAUAAAUUCAGUUAAGCAAAUACUCCACCACUAGCUCAAAAUAUUUUCACACUUUUUUUACUCUGAUACACAGCUUUUUAAUGCAUGAGUUACUUUACAAGACAUGUUUAGAAAUAUUUGUAUAUAUUGUCACAAAAUAUUAAAUAAUAUUACAGACAAUCUUAUUGUGGUGUGCAAAUUAGGAUUCACAACAAUGAUAGAAUAUUUAUGUCUGCUUAAAAAUAAUUAACUUUGCAAAUAUAAUGUUUUAUAUAGUCAGAGAUUAUUGUGAAAAAUUGUUUUCCUUCAGAUUUAAAAAUCCUUCAUAGUUUUGCACUUUUAUACACCCAUUCACACCGAAAGUGUAGAAAGCACACUGUAUACAAAAUGUCUUUAUUUCCAUUAUUGAAUGUAUUGCUAAUAAUAGAAAUGUUUCAUACAGUUAAAAUACCCCAUAUUUUUACACUCAUUGCCCAUGUUUAGCAUAUUAUUUGUUUGAGAGUAAUGGCAGCUAUUAUAUAUUUAUUGAUAUAUUAAAAAUUAGGGCUUGUCUUGAAAGAAAUGUUGAUCCAUUUAAUAUAAAAGAAACUGGUUAGAAAUGUAACCAACAAAUAGAACCGUAUCAUAACCAAUAACCUAUUAAUAUAGGAAACUGUAUAUAUGAUAUAUGUUACGUGUUAAUUUGAAAAAUGAAAUGGGUGACUUAAUUUGCUACCUCUGGGGCAUUACCCAUAGCUUACAAGCAUUGUGAUUUAGAUGAAAAAGAUGUAAAUGUUUUUUGAUUUAAAUUUAGUAUGUCUUUGUUUUAUAUGUAUACAAGUAAGACAUUUAUCACAAUGAAAAUUGUCUGAAUUGUAUACAGAAAUGUAUUCUGAAGAACCAUUAAUAUGUUGAAAAUUUGUUGUUUUGAAAUUUUCCAGCAA